GAUCUUCCAAACUAUGCUCAACAGAUGGUGCCCAUAUUUUCCCUUCCACAAGAGUGGCUAUGGUGCGAGUCUUGGUGUGGUAAUGCCACCAAAUCCAAGGCAAAAACCAUUUACCUUUGCAACAAUCCCAUGGCAAAAGAGCCCAAGCUUCAG